CGGGGUUGGCAGUGGCUGGAGGUGGCAGCGGAGGAGAAGAGGGUGAGGGGGCGGCGGCAAUAGGAGUCGGAGAAGCGGGCAGGUGUCCUGAAAUCGUGGAACUGCACUGAGAGAAAACAGGGCAGUACUUGAAGGCUUGACAAAUGCAUCCCAGGUUGAAAAACUGCUGCGUUCCUCCUCCUCUUCCUCCUUUAGAAAAUUGACUUAUUUAAAGAGGUAAGAGAGAAGCAAAAGUAGUAAGAAAAUGCUGGGAUCAGAACGAGGUGUCGUGGAAGAAUGGCUGUCAGAAUUCAAGGCAUUACCUGAAACACAAAUUUCCAGCUAUGCAGCUACAUUGCACCGAAAAAAACCACUGGUACCAGCUCUUUAUAAGGUCAUUCAAGACCCAAAUAAUGAGCUCCUGGAGCCUGUUUGCCACCAGCUCUUCGAACUUUAUCGUAGUUCUGAAGUUCGGCUCAAGAGAUUCACACUGCAAUUUCUGCCAGAGUUGAUCUGGGUAUAUCUGCGUCUUACUGCCAGCAGGGAUAGGCAGAGUAAUGGUUGCAUCGAAGCAUUGCUGCUUGGCAUUUACAACUUGGAAAUUGCUGACAAAGAUGGAAACAACAAAGUUUUAUCUUUCACCAUCCCUUCGUUAUCUAAACCCUCAAUAUAUCAUGAGCCCUCUACUAUUGGAUCCAUGGCUUUAACUGAAGGAGCUCUAUGUCAGCAUGAUCUCAUCAGGGUAGUUUACAGUGAUCUUCAUCCUCAAAGAGAAACCUUCACAGCACAGAACCGGUUUGAGGUGCUGAGCUUUCUUAUGCUGUGCUACAAUUCUGCUAUUGUCUAUAUGCCUGCCUCUUCUUACCAAUCACUUUGUAGGAUGGGUUCCAGGCUGUGUGUGAGCGGAUUUCCACGGCAGCAUGAGAAACGCUGGAAGGAACACUGUGGUAGAGUGGUGUUAGACCCUGACUUCAUGGUGCAGCUGCUCACAGGUGUCUAUUAUGCCAUAUAUAAUGGUCAGUGGGAUCUUGGCCAGGAGGUAUUAGAGGACAUAAUUUACAGAGCACAGCUUGAACUCUACUCACAGCCUCUGCUGGUUGCAAAUGCCAUGAAGAACUCACUGCCCUUUGAUGCUCCUGAUGCAUCGCAAGAAGGCCAGAAGGUACUGAAGGUAGAAGUUACUCCAACAGUGCCGAGGAUUUCUCGGACUGCUAUUACAACAGCUUCUAUCCGUCGUCAUCGCUGGAGGAGAGAAGAUGGCUUUGACUUCUCAAACGAGGCUGACUCAAGCAUACCUGGCUCACCGAUCCAACACGGCUCCACAGACCUAGGGAUCAAACGUGAGCAAGAGGGGGAGGUGCUGAUGCGCAGGACCCCUGAGCAUGGCUUCCCGGAGCCCACCUUGGCAGCAGCCACAACAGAGGAUGCUGAAGGUGUAAAUGGAAGAGAGGAAUCUGUGAACCUUAAUGAUGCUGAUGAAGGAUUUUCAUCAGGAGCUUCCCUCAGCAGCCAGCCAGUUGGGACCAAACCUCUAUCAUCUGUAUCCCAGAAAGGCAGCUUAAGGAAAACAGCAAGUGGGCGUUGUGUUAAGGAUAAAGACACCUCCUCUGCAGCAAAAUCCAGUGAGAGCCCUCGAGAUUCAGUAGCUCGGAAGCAGUACAUGCACCAAUCCACUGACCUUGGUGCAGAUAUAAUUGAGAUGACACCUACAAAGAAACACCUCAGCCUGCCUGCUGGGCAGGUGGUGCCAAAAGCCAACAGUCUGAGCCUGAUCAGGACCGCCAGUGCUUCCUCCAGUAAAUCAUUUGACUAUGUGAAUGGCAGUCAAGCAAGCUCCAGUGUUGGAGCUGGUACAGAGGGUGUUACCAAUCUAGCAGCUGGCAACACCAAUCGGUUUUCAACUAUCAGCCUACAGGAGGACCGACUAGGCCAAGCUGGGGAAGGUAAAGAUCUCCUUCCCCCAGGAGCUCCCCUAACCAAGCAGUCUCGAUCUCCAAGUUUCAAUAUGCAGCUGAUAUCCCAGGUGUAACUUUGACUCCCUUCCUUAGGACUCCCUCUUUCCCCUUAAUCCCCAGGCAAGUUCAUCCUUAGGCAAAACAUGAACCAUCAUCCUGCAGUGUGAAAAUACUGACUGUCGUGAUCUUGUUUGAUUUGGUUUAGCUAUCAUACUGUAUUACUGAAACAGCAAUAAUUCUUCCCUCACCUUCAUCCUCCCACCCACCUUGUAAACAUGGUUGUGAAGCAGUAUAUAAUGUACUGUAUGCCUUUUUCCAUGCCUUCCUUUCUCCUUGGGUGAUGUGCAAUCCAUCGUAGGCUGAUCAGUCCCAUUUCAACACUGUGAGACUGGAGACACCGGCGGAAAUGGUGAAUGUGAUCCCUAUGAGAUGAUGCUUUGGCUUUGUUAAGAAAUAGAAACGGGUUUGUUAUCUCGGUCUACAGUACUGCAAAGACUACUGGAUUAUGACUUUUCUUUCUCAGAACCAGGAGUGCCUCAGAGAUUCUAGUGUGACUUUGGACCUCUCUGAGUCUGUGCAAUCAUUUCUGGGGAGGGGAUUGUCAUUGCUGCUCCUGGCUGCCUACAGCACUUUUUUCAUUACAAUGAGGGUAGUUUUUUCUUGCCUGCCCCCAGUCUCUCAUCCCAGAAGCUUUUGACGUUCAGCAACUGAGACAUGUAUAUUAACAAGUUGUUUUCCCUCAGAGAGAGGAUUCUAAGUAGAUAAUGUAGGUUACAAUGCACUUCUAAUGGCGUUGUAGCCAUAUGUAAUGUUACGUCUUCCCCUCCAGGACACAGGGUCAUUCUGCAUAUAGAGUAAAAUUGAGACAACACCAUGCUGUUAAAGCAGUUUGGUUUGUAAGUGGGAGGGAAACACUACUUUCCCAGGAAUUAAUGGCUAGCUCUGCUCCAUGUUGUUGUUGUUGUUGUUGUUGUUGUUCUUGUGAGGUGCUGAUCACUGAAUUGAAUUGAAAGGUGUGUUCGGGUAAAGAGUAUUUCUCAGGCUGCUUUCUAUGGUAUCAUGGCUGUUGGACACCCUUACCCCUCUCAGCUGCUUUCUCAGUGUCCCUGAAUUCAGUCAUGGAGUCAUUUGAAGAAUCCUGCAGUCCAGACAGACCAUACUCUUAAAGGGCUGUCUCAGGGAUAGAGAAAAUAGUUUGCUAGAAACACUGAAGCUUCAAUGUGAAAUGCUUUUCUAGAAACACCAUUUGUGCAAAGGGGUACUGACAGUCCUUCUUUCCCAGACAGAUCACACUUCAUUGCCUUGGUAUAUAAAAUACAUUGAGGUUUUUUUAACUCGUGUUUUAGUGGAUCGGCCCUAAUCUAGAAAAUUCAGAACUCAUGCCAUUGAGUCAAGACUUGAAUGUAUAUGACUGGUGUAUGGGCACUGGCUGGUACUUACAUUAGAGAACACUGCUUAGAAGCACAUUUCUGGUCACACAGGAGAAUGUUUGUGAUUCUCCCCCCCCCCCCCCCC